AUGUCCAAAGUCAUCCAAAAGAAGAACCACUGGAUCACCAAAGUGAACGAGUGCGUAAUUGUGCGAGACGCGUGCGGCGAGCUGAACGUGGAGCUGCGAGGUGGGGCUGAACAUGGACAGUUUGCCUACAUUGGCCACGUUCAGGAGGAUGCUGUCCUUUACCAGGGCAGUAAACCUAACGAGGGGGAGCUCAUACUGGAGGUCGAUGGCUUCCCUGUGUCUGGAUUACCACUUUAUGACAUUUUGGCCGUGAUGACAUGCAACCAUGGUCCCGUCACUUUGAGGACUGUGCGUCAAGGUAAUAAGCUCAACAAAGACCUGAAGCACUACUUGAGUCUGAGGUUCCAAAAGGCUUCCCCUGACCAUGAGCUGCAGAAGACCAUCAGAGCCAAUCUGUACCGCCAUGCUGUGCCUUGUACAACUCGCGCCCCCCGAGACGGAGAGGUGCAAGGCGUAGAUUACAACUUCCUGUCAGUGGAAGAUUUCCUAGAACUUGAAGAGAGUGGCACACUGCUUGAAAUUGGAACGUAUGAGGGUAACUAUUAUGGGACCCCCAAGCCGCCGAGGCAGCCCAUCAUUGGGACAGUGAUUCUCAGCGAUGCUGGCUCCCAGCAGUCCACCCCGAAGCGCACAAAGUCCUACAAUGACAUGCAAAGCGUCCGAGUAGUGCCUGCUGACGACGACGAUGACGACCAGGCCUCGGAAAUGAACAACACUUUCACAGGUUCCUUAGUGCGUAGUCUCUUCCCCUCUCCUUUGUUGUGCGCAGGUAACCCUAGCGACCAGGAUGAGAGCCGUGGUGGCAUCCUCAGGCCGUACCUCGCACGUGACAACGCUCCUUCCUGUGGUCUGAACAAUGCGGCCAUAUCCACAGCAGACAGCGGACAGCAGACCUUGGCUGAGCCGCAGGUCUCCCCGGAAGAUGCACUGGGGCCGUUGCCGGAAAACUGGGAGAUGGCAUACACUGAGAAUGGAGAACUUUACUUCAUAGACCACAACACAAAGACCACGUCCUGGUUGGAUCCCCGGUGUCGAGACAAAGCCUGCAGACCUAUGGAUGAGUGCGAUGAUGAUGAAGAGGGGAUACAUACGGAAGACCUGGAGAGUGAUUUAGAGCUGCCGCCAGGAUGGGAGAGGAUAGAUGACCCAGUGUACGGAAUUUACUACGUGGAUCAUAUAAACAGGAAGACCCAGUAUGAGAACCCAGUGGUGGAGGCGCGGCGUCGAAAAAUCCUGCAGGAGCAGCAGCCGCAGCCUCCAGAAGGUGAGCGGUACAUUCGAGAGUGGAUAGAGGAGCACUCAUCAGCGGCAGCACCAUUGGUAAACUACGUUCCCAACCACCUUGAGACAUACAGGGACCCUCAAGUCCCACCAAGUCUACCAGCGGUCCCAACGGGAGCCAAACGGGGGAAGCCAUUCUUUACUAGAAACCCAGCAGAGCUUAAAGGAACCUUUAUCAACACCAAGCUGAAAAAGAGCCGUCGUGGGUUUGGCUUUACUGUGGUUGGAGGAGAUGAGCCAGAUGAGUUCCUACAGAUCAAGAGUCUGGUUUUGGAUGGACCAGCAGCAGUGGAUGGCAAGAUGGAGACAGGUGAUGUCAUCGUCAGUGUGAACGACACCAUUGUACUGGGUUACACACACGCUCAAGUGGUGAAGAUCUUCCAAUCCAUCCCCAUCGGUUCUAUGGUGGACUUGGCCUUAUGCCGUGGGUACCCGCUGCCAUUUGACCCCGACGACCCCAACACCAGUCUGGUCACAUCGGUGGCCAUCGUAGACAAAGAGCCCAUUAUCGUCAACGGGCAGGAAACCUUCGACUCACCUUCCAACCCGAGCGGACCGCUCAACGGACAGAGAGAACCGCGGGCGCACAGCCCGUCAGCCGACGUUAUGUCCAAUAGCCUGCACGGCUACACCAGCGAUGUGGUCACUCUGGCCUCAUCUAUAGCCACCCAGCCCGAGCUCAUCACCAUCCACAUGGAGAAGGGAGACAAAGGAUUUGGCUUCACCAUCGCAGAUAGCCUGACAGGCGGUGGGCAGCGGGUUAAGCAGAUCGUGGACUACCCACGCUGCCGGGGCCUCAAGGAGGGAGACAUUCUGAUGGAGGUUAACAAAAGAAAUGUCCAGAACAUGAGCCACAACCAGGUGGUGGACCUGCUGAGCAAAUGCCCCCGAGGAAGUGAAGUCACAAUGCUGGUGCAAAGAGGAGUGGUGCCAGCCAAGAGGAGUCCAAAGCUGGUGCAUCAGUUAGAAAGAAAGGACAGCCAGAGCAGCUCCCAACACAGCGUGUGCAGCCAUCGCAGCGCCCACACGGACUCACCUAGCCACGCGCCCUCUACUAUGCCCAGCGAGGCUGUAGUACCCACUCCCGCUGCCCCCACCCAGCCGCUGCCAGGCUUGCCCCCCCACGAUCCUGCAGAUGGAACCCUUACCCUCCAGAAGAAGCCAGACCCGUUUAAGAUCUGGGCGCAGUCAAGGAGCAUGUACGAGAGCAGAUUGCCAGAUUGCCAGGAGCAGGAUAUUUUCCUUUGGCGAAAGGAUACAGGUUUUGGUUUCCGUAUCCUUGGGGGAAAUGAGCCUGGGGAGCCUAUCUACAUAGGUCACAUAGUGAAAUAUGGUGCGGCAGAUGAGGAUGGACGCCUGCGGUCAGGCGAUGAGCUAAUCUGCGUGGACGGCACGGCAGUGGUGGGCAAGUCUCACCAGUUGGUGGUGCAGCUCAUGCAGCAGGCAGCCAAGCAGGGCCACGUCAACCUCACAGUCAGACGGAAGACCCCUGGAUUCCCAGUGUCUAAAGGGGAAGGUGACGUUCCGCCAUCACCCGCUUCCUCCCACCAUAGCAGCACUCAGGCACCCAGCCUGACGGAAGGCAAGAGGACCCCCCAAGGAAGCCAGAACUCUCUCAACACGGUCAGCUCGGGAAGCGGGUCUACCAGCGGCAUUGGCAGCGGCGGAGGAGGCGGCAGCGGGAGUGCCGUGGUUCCUGCCUCUCUACAGCCGUAUGACGUGGAGAUCCAACGUGGAGAAAACGAAGGCUUCGGUUUUGUCAUUGUGUCAUCUGUUUCUAGGCCUGAUGCCGGAACCACCUUCGCUGGAAAUGCAUGUGUGGCCAUGCCCCACAAAAUAGGACGCAUCAUCGAGGGCAGCCCGGCAGAUCGCUGCGGCAAGCUGAAAGUUGGCGAUCGAAUCCUGGCUGUCAAUAGCUGCUCUAUUACCAACAAGUCCCACUCGGACAUCGUCAACCUGAUCAAGGAAGCUGGAAACACUGUCUCGCUCAGGAUCAUCCCCGGUGAUGAGUCUUCCAAUGCUUCUCUGCUGACCAAUGCUGAGAAGAUAGCUACUAUCACCACCACACACACUCCUCAGCAGUCCAAAGAGUCGCGGAAUAAUUCCAAGUCAAAAGGAGUUCCUCCUCCUCCACCAACACAAACUUCACAGGACACCGAGUUCUACUCUGUGGACCUCGAGCGUGAUAGCAAAGGUUUUGGUUUUAGCCUUAGAGGAGGGCGGGAGUACAAUAUGGACCUUUAUGUGUUGAGACUCGCAGAGGACGGAGCGGCUGUCAGGAAUGGCAAGAUGAGGGUGGGGGAUGAAAUCCUGGAAAUUAAUGGCGAGAGCACAAAGAACAUGAAGCAUUCGCGUGCCAUUGAGCUGAUCAAAAAUGGAGGGCGGUGGGCACGGCUUGUUCUGAAACGUGGGGAUGGAUCUGUACCUGAGUAUGACGGCAGCCAUGACGGGUACCCUCCCACACUCGGGGCACAAAACACUUCGGAAGUGAGAACGCUGCCACCCAACAGCCGAUAUCACACUUCAUUGGAGUCCAGUUAUCCACCAGACCUUCACACAACAUCACGCCAGGAGGAGGCUGGGCGUGGCCGAGACAGGACCAGGGACAGGGUUGGGUCAGAUCAGAUGGACUAUCAAGGCCGACCGUUUAACCCUCACCUUCACCACACCUGGAAUAACAAUCACAGUCACAGUACUCCCCGACAGCCGUCCCCGGACAACAGCAACGGUAGCAGUGGCAAGAAAACCCGUGGGCGCAAAGUCAAAAAGUCUGAGUCUGAAAGCGGCAUUUCCAAGCUCCUAAAGACUCUGAGGAAGGACAACUCUGGGAAGAAGGCUGCAGCGACACAGAAACUCAGGGGCCAAGGGCUCUCAAACAGUAGCUCGACUUUGGAGAGGAGGUUUCGUGCACAACGCCACGGUUCCCUAGAUCGCUCGCCAACGCGAAAGCGCACCUCCUCCCCCGAUCGUAGGCGGGCCAAGUCAAUGGACCGCAGGGCCGAGCGGGCGCAACGGGAUCGUACGCCUCCGAGGGAGUAUGACGACGGAGGCUUCCUCGCCGUCACCCCUGAGCGCAAAUUAUAUGAAAGGCGGCUCCUUAAGGACUCGCAGUUGAGCGUGCGAGUCACCCCUGAGCGCUUUAACAACAACGGCGGCGAUUCCUCAUCUCUUUCUAGGGGUCGCACGUACGAUCGGGUCAGCAAGAAUGGCAAUCUGUUGCGAGACUCUUCCCCCGAGUGCUAUCGGAUGAACGGAACCCCGGAGAGGCGAUACAGAGUGGAGCGGGACUCUUCCCCUGACAGCAACUACAGCCGGGACGAGCAGAACUAUGCAGCAGCACCCAGACUUAAAGACUACUAUAGCAUGAUGAAGAACAAUGCUGCACACAAAAAUGCUGCAUACAAGAACACAGGCCACAACAACAACACAGUUUGCCAAAGCCCUAACCAGCUCCCUGAGCCUAAAAGAAAGCUGUACAAAGAAAGCCCCAAAGACCUCAGCAUCUAG